AUGCCUUUCCAAAUACCGCGUGACGUAGGCUACGAUAAACCCGCCGCACAUUUCGCCUCAGCGAUCCAGUCUCGGCCAAGAGGGUCAGCCUUCGACCCUGUUGAGGAUGGACAAGGUAAUUGCCCAGCUUUGAUACUGGAUUCCGGAGCUUCUGAAGGCUCGGCUUGUGAUAUUGGGCCCUCAAAAGCUGGACCGUGCAACUGA